CUUGCUAUUAAAGGCCACAUCAACAGUAGCUGUAAUCCAAUAGUAUGGAGCUUGCUUAUGUGUGCUUGGGGAAUUAGGGUAUAACUAUGGGGCUAGCAAUAGAAUAAACGGAGUUCCAUCAUAUCUCUAUGAGAAGCGUGGUUCAUCCUGGCAGAUCUCUGGCUAUUUCUGGCGCCCGACCAGGGACCGUUCCUCAGAGGAAGAUACGCUCGCUGAUCACCGAAAGAAGGGUGACGACGACGAGCGACAGAGAUACUGCGGGCGGAGAGUGUCAACCGUGAGUCAAAGGACGUCGGUCAGGCCAGUAAGAAGGGCUGCUACCUUCCCUCCAUCAUACCCUGCUAGCAUGGAUUUAGAGUUUGCGGCAGCACAGAAAUUACUCCUCAGUAUCCUCGCUAAGCAAGGGGAGGAAGUCAAGGAAAAGGAUCUAAAUAAGCUAGUUUUAUGGACGUGGGAGCAUGGACAAUUGCGGGUACCCCCUUUCCUCUUCAAUGCAGCCGAGUGGAGGGAAGUAGGGGAUCACCUGUGGGACUGUACUAUCCGGGGAAAAGGGAAAGAAAUGACAAACUUAGGGCCCACCUGGAGAACUGUUAUAAAUACCUUGAAAAAUAUGCAAGCUGAAUCGAAAGUAGCUGCGGCUGCGGUAGAGGCGAUUGCAACACCGGCUGGGGUUGUCGCUCCUGCCCAAACUACACAGCGCGGGGGGCUGAGUGGACUGUUUAAAAGCCCGAGCGUGAUAAAAAGGCAGAAAGCAGAGAAGCACUUUGAGACUGUCAGUGAGCUCCUGCGGGAGCAGGAGAAAGAGCUCUUGCAAUCAGAGCCAAAAGAGGAAGUUACUGCCACCAUGCCUCAGAGCAAACUGAAGGCAAACACGGAAGUUACAGUCGACCAGUCAAUGAGCGGAGCAACGGGCGGUCCUUCUUGUCAACCGCGCCUCUACCCUGCUUGCCCGCCACCUCCACUGCCAACAGAGAUUCAUCCCGAGCCACAGACUGUUCCUCUGCCAGAUGAUGACAUACCAAUGACAGAAGCGACAAAUGAGGUACCUGCUCAUCCCCCAGGAUCUUGCGUGAACCCACAAGCAUUGGAAAGAUGGGCUCAUCAAGUAGAAGAGGCAAUGCAUCAAAUGAAACCACACUUUGAUUGUGCUCUGUCUUCUAUGGAAGAAAAGCUCAAUUGGAAGCACGAGCCACAACAGGGUGCCACUGAGUCCCGAAAGGGUGUGGCCCAGACGGCCCUGCAACUACAGGAAUGGGCUCAAGUUGAGCCCUCCGCUCCACCCCCCAUAGUCACACAUAACAGCCAUAUUAAGUUACAAGCCACCCCAGGGGUACAAAUUUGUUAUAAAGACCCACGGAUGGGACAAUGGGGGGGGGCAGCUCCAUUGUUAUUUAACGGUCGAGGUUAUAGCUGUGUUUCUACAGAUACCGGACCAAUAUGGGUUCCUAGCAGAUGGACCAAGCCCGCUCCCAGUCCUGCUGUCGACAAAAGUGACUCCAGCGAGUGCAUGACCAACUGAGCCAAGACGUGGCACGUACAGCAGAUGUUCCCAACCUUUGGGAAGUGAACCUUCGCUUGGUGGCUGACGACCUCACAUUUGGACGACCACUCGGAGUCUGGGAACAGUCACCAAGCGUGCAUGCUAAUCACCGCAGAAAUUGUUUACGCUAUUAUAAUAGCUUGUGCUUGCACUUGUGCUGUGGGUGUUGUGGGGAAGAGCUUACUGGGGGAACUUGGAAUGUAGACAAGCAAGGUAGUUUAUGCUGAGAAUGUUAUCAAGUGCCUGAGACAAGAAGUUUUAGGCAGUGUGAGUCUAUCGUGCUCGGAAUUCCACCACAACAGAUUAGAGUUAGCUCAUUCAGGGAUCCACACGAGUUUUCACUAAGCUUGGAAGUGUGGGCAGGGAAAGAAGCCAUCAGACACCUGCAAGUGAGUAAAAAGACCACUGUAACCCCGGCAUGGUGCCCUACAUGUGACUCCUCCUCUCAAGUACUUUCAUCCUGAGUAAAGCUGUGAUAACUUCAGUGUCAGAAAGAGAAAACAUGUGGGUAACAUGGGCUCACCAGGCAAACCAGAUGGAUUUUUCUCUGGCCAUGGGGUCGGCAGCAGAUCCAUUUCGCAUGUCUAAUUGGAGUGCCAUGGAUCUCACUUGAGGACACGUUUCAAAAAUGGGUGACAGAUCUAGAGAAAAUUAAUGAGAAGGUGAAGCAACAAAUGCAAAACAAAAGAAACCAGGGCGAGUGCUUAGGUUGUUGGUUUAGUUAUCAGCACUCCUUGCAGCAAACCCAUAUUAUUGCCAAUUUAACAAAAAAUGCAACCUUGCCUCUUCAAGAGCUACAGCUUUAUGGGUCCCUUUUUCCCAGUACGCUUGUUAACGUAACACCGUGGACCAACUGUUCCAAUGUGGUGCCUCCAAUGCAAUAUGCCAACGGGUCUGGGGUUUUCCUCUUCAGAGAUCCUUGGGAGGACUAUCAGGCACGACAGGGCAUGGCCUCCUUUCCAUGGAGACAGAACAUAUCAGGACACUCCAUCGGAGGCUGGAACAUGCCAGCCACAUUGGGAGGAGCUGAAUCUAUUGACACAACCGGAGGAAAGGUUUUACCUCCUGGAGUGUUCUUGAUAUGUGGAGAUAGAGCAUGGAAUGGGAUUCCGCAUAGUCCAACUGGGGGUCUUUGCUACCUGGGAAAGCUAACUAUGUUUGCCCCUUCUAUACGAGCAUGGAAAAACAUUAUGGCAUCAAAAAGUUGGAAAAGUAGGAUGCAGAAUAGAUACCAGCGUAGUGUUUCCACAUUUGAUAAAGAUUGUAAUGAUCAGGUAAACAUUAUGAGUUUGAGUGCACUUAUACCAUUGGCUAUUUUUAACCCAGGGUGUGCUGCAGCUCACAGCUAUAACAAUCUGAAAAAGUUGGCCUGUUGGUCAGAAAAGGAAUUUAAUAGGACUUCCCAUAUAUUAAAUGAGCUUUUAACUGAUGUAGACAGCAUUAGGCAUGCUGUACUACAAAAUAGAGCCACAAUUGAUUUUUUAUUGCUAGCUCACGGCCAUGGUUGUGAAGAGUUUGAAGGUAUGUGUUGUAUGAACCUAUCAGACCAUUCCCAGAGUAUCCAUCGACAGCUCUCAGAACUGCAGGAUGCUUUUCAAAAGAUACAGAUCCAUACAGACAGCUUCUCUGUGUGGCUGUCCUUGCUCGGUCUGACAGGAUGGUUAGGAAACCUGGUUCAAGAAAGAUUACGUCUGCUAGCUACACUAGUAACUGUGGCAAUAAUAAUUUGUUGUG